AUGUCGACCAACGUUACCAUGGUCCCUGCCGACUACAUCAUCAACAAUGGCAUCGUCUAUGGCUCUUACGCGCCCUUCGACGACGCAUCGGCCGCCUUCACCCUCGCCUCCCCACCGUCCCCAGCACCUUCCUUGAAACGCCGCCGCAAAUUCGAGGCCGACUAUAGCUCGGAUGGCGACGCCGACGAUGAAGAAGGAAUCAGCUCGGACUCUGACUCCGAGUCUGACUGUAGCAAUCUCGAGGACAAAGAGAACGCUAUUCCGGCAGAGAAUAAGGAAAAUGUCCCGCCUCCACGGAAGAGGCCUUGCCUCGACCUCGAGGAUAGUCCGCGCCUGCGUGCGGCAGAGUUGAGUCCGGGCAGGUUGUCGAGGGCCUCCUGGACGAGUGAUAGCGCGUCGACCUACUCCCUGUUGACGCCGCCCGACUCUCCUCGUUUCGUCUUUCGCCCGCUCGAGAUAAUCAAAGUUUAUGGCGAUGGAGAUGACGAGGACGAUGCCGACGUCAAGAAAUCUUUGCUUUUCACAUCCGACGUCGAAUGCCCUCCUACCUCGUCGGACGAGUCGAGCGACUCCCGCAGCUCCGUCGUUAGCCAGGACAACGACGUGGACGUCCAUUACGCCGACUCAGAGGUAGAGCUAAAGGCUACGACUCAACAUCCCCUCAGCUUUUCCUCUACCGAGGAAGAGGAGGAGUCUGGGGAGGAGGAAGAGGAUGGGGAUGCAGAAGGGAAGUACCAGGAUUGGGGCAUGGAGGAAGGAUAUGAAGGUGAAGAUGAGUGCGACGAUAAGGAGUACAUCGAACUCGAGGACUAUAUGCCGCCGUCCGUGCCAAGUCCUACCCCCAAUAUGCGGACCUGA